GCAAUGCUUCGGUUAAAUCAUCUGUUUGUCAAGUCAUCGUCAUGAAAAAUUUUUCUUCAAUUAAUUAAUAGUUUUUAAUGAAAAAGAAGUAAAGAAAAAAUGCGCUGGUACCAAGGAAAUAUUGCCGAAGCGGUUACGGUCUCCAAAACAAAGGGCACUGUAUUUGUCGUGUACAUUGAAGGUAAAGACGAAAAAUCGAAAGAAUUUACUAGUCUAAUUGAAAAUGAAGAGGUAUCCACACAAUUAGAAAGCAAUCACUUUGUUGCUAUUAAAGUAGAGGAAAAUUCUGUACCACAUCAGCAGUUUACUCAAAUAUAUAAGCAAGCAUCCGUUCCCUCAUUGUUCUUUAUUGGUAAAAGUGGUAGUCCAUUAGAGGUCGUAACUGAUGUCCUCCAUAAAGCAGUAUUUUUACAACAGUUACAGGAAAUUUUACAAAGGCACGGUGUACUAACGACACCUGCAAGUUCAUCACAAGAUCUGGUAGACCAAGAGAAAAUUGUCACCCAAGAGGCUCCCACUGCAAAUUCAUUACCAAGUUCCACCAGUGAACCAGUGGUUAACCAUCAAUCAGACGAGCUGACCCCAGAACAAAAGAUUGAGAGAGCACAAGAGCUUAUCAGCCAAAAACGUUUAGAAAAGCAGGCCGAGGAGGAGGGUCAAUCACGUGUGAAGGAAAUUGAACGCCGUAAGCUUGGACAGGAUGUUCAAAAACUGAAAAGAUGGCAACAAGAUCAGGAAUUAAAGGACCUCAUGGAGGAACGAAAUAAAGAGAAGCAGGAACAGAUACAAGCUAGACAGCGUGUGCUUGCCCAAAUUGCGCAAGAUAAGGCAGAGCGGGCCGCUAAGUUUUCAAAUUCGCCUACAUCCAGCACUCAACCGACCGUACAGCAAGCCGUGCAGAACAGCAACACUGCAAGGCUACAGUUUCGGUGUCCAGACGGUUCUGCACAUACUCACGAAUUUUCUAGUAACUGCACUUUAGGAAGCGUCCGAGAUUUUAUUAAGGAGAAUCUUAAUUUGCCAUACCAAAGUUUUACAUUGUCAAUCACAUUUCCUCGACGAGAAUUUACCGCUGCCAAUAACAAUGAUACGUUAGUGGAGUUGCAGUUGGUACCUAAUGCUGUGAUUUUAAUACUUCCGUUGCAAGACGGAACGGUUAGCACCCAGAAUGGAUCUUGGAUGGCAAUGUUUUGGUCAUUUAUCGCGCCAAUUUUAAAUUUCUUAGGUUAUUUAAAACAAAAAUUGUUCGGCGGUGAUGCUGGCACUAGUGGCCAAAGAAGGAACAAAGAUUCAAAUGUGCAGCACGAAAGUGGAUCAGUUAACCAACAUGAAACGUCCAGAAUGCAAAGGAGAAAAUUAGGAGAGAGUAGUGUUGUACGCCGACAAGGAAACGUACACCGCUUACAGGACAAUCAGGAGAGUGAUGAUGAUAAUAACACCUGGAAUGGCAAUUCUACUCAACAAAUGUAAUCCUCAUGAUGAUUAUCUGGUUGUGCAUAUUUUUUCAGAAUCGUGCAAAAGAUGUAAAUUAUUGUAUUUUGUUAAAUUUCUUAAAAUUAAUUUGUUUAAAAUUGAUUUUAGUGUGUAGUGUAAUGGAAUAAAUAAUUAUGAAACUGUA